AUGCUGGAAGAAUUCGAGCGUCUUGUUAGGAUUUGUAUGAAGAACAAGCCAUUGUUUGAAGGGGUGGAUGAAUCUUUUCCACCCGAAGUCAUUGCUAGAACGCUUCACAUGGACGAGAGGGAAGUUGAGGCUAACCUAGAAGUCAAAGGGAAUACCAAAGGGUUUUCACUAAGUUUUCUCUUGGAAAGAGCUCAUACCCUAUUGAAAGCGGAAAGUUGGGACACUUGUUACUCUGUUAUUGCUUUGGCUAUCUAUGGCAUCAUCCUAUUCCCAAAUAUGGAUGGUUUUGUAGACAUGGCUUCUAUGGGCGUCUUCCUCACUAAAAAUCCAGUGCCUACCUUAUUAGUUGAUGUUUACUAUUACAUGAGCCAUAGGUACACCAAAAAGAAGGGAAUGAUUGCUUGUUGUGCUCGUCUAUUAUACCAGUGGUUCCUAGAACAUCUUCCAAAGAUCGGUGUUUUCGUAGAACAGAAAGACGCUAAUUGGCCUCAGAAGUUGGGGUCACUCCGAUCCGAAGAUCUUUCUUGGUAUUCCAAGGAAUAUAUUGGCAUGGAUAUCAUAUUCAGAUGUGGAGACUUUCCUAAUCUACCACUCAUUGGAACUCAAGGACGUGUCAAUUCUAACCUGGUUUUAUCACUAAGACAGCAACUUGGGUACCCAAUGGAAGGUCCUCCAGAUGCGAGCUCUUUGGAAGCCUUCUUGUUGCUUGACUUAGGGCUUGAGAAUCCUAGCCUAUUCCAAAGGAUCAUAGAGGCUUGGAAAAAUGUUAAUUGA